AUGCGCUCUACAAUCGUGCUUGGCCUUAUGGUUAUAUUAUCCCGUGCCACACCUCCUAUGACAUUCGACUGCGCCAACGAUAUGCAAGAUAUCUGCGAUAAUAUGUGCUGGGGGGCAUAUUGCACACAUCCGGCCUUUGGCAGCACGUUGGAAUACGACAAUUAUGGUGGCACCGGUUCCCGUGAGGGUAGCAUUGGCAAGCGGCGCACUAACUCAGCCGGAUGCACUCCUAGGCCCAACAGAUGCAGCUCCGUCCCUAAGAAAAAUUGUGACGAAUACCCCUUCGCGAGCACAAGUGACGCAGACAAGGGCGGCCAAGUCACAAAAUGCGUUGUUAGCGGCCACAACUCUCGCCAAGGCUCCAUCAUCAGCCAGUAUGUUUCAGCCAACUGCAACAAGCAGAAAUGCAGCAUCAUAGUCGGAUUCGGAAACCCGAACACCCACGGCGUAAAGUACUGCAAGGCCUACAGCGAUCCUUACAACCAGUGUGUUCCCGACGGGACCAUCUGGAAGAACGGCAAGGCGGAUGUGCGUCCGCCCAAGUCCGCUUCGAGGCGUAGCAUUGGUAAUAAUACGACGGUGUCCUUGCCCGGAGGCUUGUAUCUCAUGAAGUCUGGGGUGGAGGUCGCUUUUGGAGCGAAUUUGGACGUCGGCACUAAGACGAAGCGCGCGGCGCCGAGGAACGCGACAUUUGCGCGGAGAGCGCUGGAUGGUCUCGAGGAUGAGGAGGACGUCCGUUGGGACUUUCACGAUGACGAGAUUGUGGCUCGUCUUGAAUAA